AUGGCCCCUUUGGCCUGGGCCAUCUGCUGCUGUCUCUUGGGAGGCCUCCAGCUCAGCAGAGGCAGCCCAGGCCCUGGAGUGCCCCGUCUACGGCUCCCCUAUCGAGACCUCCUGUCUGCCAACCGCUCAGCUGUGUUCCUGGGUCCCCGCGGAUCUCUGGAUCUCCGGGCCAUGUACCUGGAUGAGUAUCGGGAUCGCCUCUUCCUGGGCGGCCGUGAUGCCCUCUACUCACUACGGCUGGAUCAGGCCUGGCCGGAUCCCCGAGAGGUCUUGUGGCCACCACAGCCGGGACAGAGGGAGGAAUGUGUUCGCAAGGGGAGAGAUGCUGUGACCGAGUGUGCCAACUUUGUGCGGGUUCUUCAUCCGCUCAACCGGACCCACUUGCUGGCAUGUGGCACGGGGGCCUUCCAGCCCAUCUGUGCCCUCAUUGUGGUUGGGCACCGUGGGGAGCACCUGCUCUACCUGGAGCCUGGCGGUGUGCAGAGUGGGAGGGGGCGUUGUCCGCAUGAGCCUAGCCGGCCCUUCGCCAGCACCUUCGUAGGUGGGGAGCUGUACACGGGCCUCACUGCGGACUUCCUGGGGCGUGAGGCCAUGAUCUUCCGCAGCGGAGGCCCCCGGCCAGCCCUGCGCUCCGACUCUGACCAGAGUGUCCUGCAUGAUCCCCGGUUUGUGAUGGCUGCCCACAUCCCUGACAACUCUGACCAUGCUGAUGACAAGGUGUACUUCUUCUUCUCGGAGACCGUUCCCUCGCCGGAUGGUGGCCCGGGCCGUGUCACUGUCAGCCGUGUGGGCCGAGUCUGCGUGAAUGAUGCCGGAGGUCAGAGGGUGCUGGUGAACAGGUGGAGCUCCUUCCUGAAGGCCAGGCUGCUUUGCUCUGUGCCAGGCCCUGGGGGCGCUGAGACCCACUUCGAUCAGCUGGAGGACGUGUUCCUGUUGUGGCCCAAGGCAGGGAAGAGCCCGGAGGUGCAUGCGCUGUUCAGCACUGUCAGCGCUGUGUUCCAGGGCUUUGCCAUCUGUGUGUACCACAUGGCAGACAUCUGGGAAGUCUUCAACGGGCCCUUUGCCCACCGUGAUGGCCCUCAGCACCAGUGGGGGCCUUUUGGGGGCAAGGUGCCCUUCCCCCGCCCUGGUGUGUGCCCCAGCAAAAUGACAGCGCAGCCAGGGCGACCCUUUGGCAGCACCAAGGACUACCCGGAUGAGGUGCUGCAGUUCGCCCGGGCCCACCCCCUCAUGUUCCAGCCCGUGCGGCCUCGGCAGGGCCGCCCCAUCCUCGUCAAGACCCACCUGACCCAGCAGCUGCGCCAGAUUGCGGUAGACCGUGUGGAGGCAGAGGACGGGACCUAUGACGUCAUCUUCCUGGGAACUGACUCAGGCUCUGUGCUCAAAGUCAUGGCCCUUCCGGCUGGAAGCUCAGUGGAGCCAGAAGAGGUGGUCCUGGAGGAGCUUCAGGUGUUUAAAGUGCCAGUGGCCAUCACGGAGAUGGAGAUCUCUGUCAAAAGGCAAACACUUUACGUGGGCUCUCAGCUGGGGGUGGCCCAGCUGCGAUUGCACCAGUGUGAGACAUAUGGCAGCGCCUGCGCUGAGUGCUGCCUGGCCCGGGACCCCUACUGUGCCUGGGAUGGUGUCUCCUGUACCCGCUACCGUCCUGGUCCCAGCAAGCGCCGGUUACGCCGGCAGGACAUUCGGCAUGGCAACCCUGCCCUGCAGUGCCCAGGCCAGAGCCAGGAUGAUGAGGCCUGGGGACAUGUGGUGACCACCACAGUCUACGGCACGGAACACAACAGCACCUUCCUGGAGUGCCUGCCCAAGUCGCCCCAGGCCGUCGUGCGCUGGUUCCUGCAGAGGCCCGGAGACCAGAGGCCUGACCAGGUGAAGACAGACGAGCGGGUGGUGCAGACAGAGCGGGGGCUGCUGCUGCGUAGGCUGAACCGCAGGGAUGCCGGCACCUACACCUGCAGCACACUGGAGCACGGUUUCUCCCAGGCCGUGGCCCGCCUGGCUCUGGAGGUCAUCCUGGCCACACAGCUGAACAGCUUGCUUCCCCAGGAGCCCCCUGCCUUGGGCAAUCUGGCCUCUGUGCCACCCAAGACCUGGUACAAGGAUAUCCUGCAACUCACUGGCUUUGCCAACCUGCCCCGGGUAGAUGAGUAUUGUGAGCGUGUAUGGUGCAGUGGUGGCCCAGGCUCCUUCCGAAGGGGCAAGCAGGCCAAGGGCAAGGGGUGGGUGGGGUUGGAAUUGGGCAAAAAGGUGAAGAGCCGUGUGCAGGCGGAGCGCAAUCGCACUCCUCGGGAGGUGGAGACUGUGUAG